AAGCGUCCAAAGACAGAAAACUCCUCCUGAAGCGACUGAGAUCCACGUGACACACUUUUAUAAAGAUGGAGUUUAUUAAAGAGGAGAAUGAAGAUGUAAAGAUUGAAGAAACAUUCAGAGUCAAACAAGAAGAUACUGAGAUACAAACAGACCUGAUGGCACUUAAAGAGGAGAGUCAAGAACUGAAUGAAAUGGAAAAGAAAGAUCAAAAUGAGAAACAUGAUUUCAAAAUGGAAGAAAAAUCGAUUAGUUGCUCACAGAAUGAAAAUACUUGCUCACCAAAAAAAAAUCAAACACAAACUACAAACCUUAAUUCCCCCAUGAGAAUCCAUACUGGAGAGAGACCUUUCACCUGCCAACAGUGUGGACAAAUUUUCAAUCAAAAAGAAAGCCUUGAAGUCCACAUGAAAAUUCACAGUGGAAGGAAGCCAUUCAUAUGCUCUCAGUGUGGAAAGUGUUUUACACAGAAAAAAAACCGUAAUGCCCACAUGAGAACUCACACUGGAGAAAGACCUUACACCUGCAAACUGUGUGGGAAGAGUUUCACACGUAACGGAAACCUUAAGACUCACAUGAGAAUUCACACAGGAGAGAAUCCAUUUGAAUGUGAUCAGUGUGGAAGGAGUUUCAGGCAGAAAAAACAACUUUAUACUCACACUAGAAGUCACACUGGAGAGAGGCCAUUCACAUGUGAUCACUGUGGAAAGAGUUUCAGAUAUAAAGAAAACCUUAAUAAUCACAUGAGAAUUCAUUUAAGAGAAAACAGAUUUAAAUGUCAUCAGUGCGAAAGGAGUUUCACAGAGAGGAAACAUCUUAAGAAUCAUGUAAUAAUUCACAUCGGAGAAAAGCCUUUCAUGUGCCAUCACUGUGGGAAGAGUUGCUCAAGAGAAGGACACCUCAAGACUCACAUCAGAGUUCACACUGGAGAGAAACCUUUUAUCUGCCCUCAGUGUGGAAAGAGUUUCAGGUUUAAAGGAAACUUAAAGGCUCACAUUAGAAGUCACACCGGAGAGAAGCCAUUCACAUGUCUUUAGUGUGAAAUGAGUUUCUCAAAUAACACAGACCUGAAACACCAUUUAAAAACUAAUUCUGAAAAGAAAUUGCCAUUUUCCUCAGUGUGACAAGAGGUUUAGAAAAUGGAGGAAUUUCAACAAUCCAUUCUGAAAGACAAUUCAAGUGUAGUCAGUGUUAUAAAAACAUUUUUUGCCAUCAAACUUGCUGUACAGAUGCAUGAAAAAAGUCAUGCAAAUGUGAGACUCUGCUUGUGUCCUUUGUUAAAGACUAUAACAAGAAUAAUGCUGUAUGAAUACAAGGCUACGUUCACGUCGCAGCUGAAUGCAGGGUAUACCUUAUUGUCAUCUUCAUGACUACUUCCUUUACUUCUUUUAUUUACAUAUUUCAUCUCUUUAAGCUUCACCAUAAGGCUUUUUUAUUUUCUUUUGUUUAUAUGUACUCCUGUGGCCAUACCCAUAGGUGGAAAUCGUGGUGGUAUUGUGGGGUUCAGGACCCCUUCCAUCUGAGGGUUGCUCAAUAUGAUGUUUUAGUGGCAGAUCAGUGGGCUUGCUGCAGGUGAAUAUCUAAGUAAGAGACAUCCUCUGUCCCAGACAAAAAUACCAUGUGGAGGACGCAAGAUAAUUUAAUAUUUAUAUGAUCUGUGUGGUGAACCUACGAACUUAAGUCAUAUUUGAACAACUAUCACUUUGUAUUGUUUGGCCAGAUAAAAUGACAUAGAAAAGAAAAAUGGACAUAAGAUAAUUUUUCAGUGCACCAAAACACAAAAAGUCUACUAAAAGUCUCCAAAUUAAGGCAAUUUGGCUUUGUUUAAGGCAAAACAUCUUUGUGUCCCCUUUAGAAAUGACCCCCCCCCCCCCCAAUCAAAAUAUAAGUCAAACUUAUACCUUGCUAGGAAAUGCAACAGUGUAACUGGAAGAUUAUAAAUAAAUUGACAUAAACUGAACAAAAUUAUCUGAUUCCAUUGAUUGAUGUUUUUUUUUUUUAGCUUAUUAUUUAGUCAAGUUGAUUUCAGUUUAAUGUUGUAAUAUCUGGACUUUACAACUUUACAUUUAUGAUCAGGAAAAGCAUAGAAACACU